AUGACGGAUCAAGUCAAAUUACCUUUCACGAGGAUGGAACAGGCAAGGAACCAAUUCGACGUCAAUCAUAAGAUUUUGGAUGGCUCACUAUAUGCCCUGCGCAUAGUCUUCGAUCCCUCGCCGUUUCCGCCAGAGGAGAGGUGGAAUGAUGAAAGUUGCGGACCGCAUGUGAUGCGACUCUGGGCGUGUACAGAAUUCAACGCUAGAAGGUAUCCCGAAGAAAGACUGGGCUUAUGGGGAAGAUUGAUGGCUUGGUGCAACGAUUGGACCAGAGAAGCUUCACUCUCUGGAGCUGCCCCGGUGCAAAUUUUGACUCUCCUUGCUCAACGUCGGGUAACGACGAUUUUGAUGCGCAUGCCGGAUGCAGGCGCCAACGUGGAGAACGAAAGGGGACAUAAUAUAAUGGCCAAGAAUGAGUUAUUGUUUGUGAUAAUUGCCGCGUGCAUUCCACGGUCAAAGCCAGCUAGUUCCAGACAAGAUAUCAACCUACGGGGGUUCAAGAUGCCAAACAAAUGCUCUAAGUAUAUCGCCUAUGAUGGAGAGGAUCCAUUUCCUAUAGUUAUGGUCAUUUGGGGAAGACAAGUCGGGCUGUUGACAGAGGGAUCACUCCGUGAUACUCACUGGGAAGUGCAACCGGCUUUAUCUUUAUCCAAAAGAUUGCCAUCUGUUCCUCGUGAGAGACUAGAUAAAACAGGGCAGUCCCCUGUGUUCUGGACCAAGAACUGA